AUGAUUAUAUUAACUUUAUUAUUAGGGAUAUAUGCUCAAAACAAUAUAAAUGAAUUAUUGAAAGAAUGGGAAAUUCAUAUUGAGUAAUCAUCAAUUGAAAGUUAAUCAACAUUCUAAGAAAUAUUGCAUUAUUUCAAAGAUGAAAUACCAAAAUAAUAUCAAUCUAGAUUCUUUAGAUUGUAUGGUUAAUACAUCUUUUACGGAUUAGAAAAUGAAAACACAAUAGAUUAUGCAAGAGCACUCUAUUACUUUAAGAAAUCAUCAGAUCUAGGGGACAUUAAUUCUCAAUUUUAUGUGUCGUUAAUGACAUAUUUACAUUUGGAUGGGUCAUACAACAUUUAUAGCAAUCUUAAAACAGAAUCUUAAUUGUUCAGAUACGUCAAGGAGAAGUAUCAAAGCAUCUCUUUGAUUGAUCUUUACUUCUCUGCUAUUUAAGGGUUUGAUCAAAGUAGUGUGGCUAUGGGAUAUAGGCAUUUAAAGGGAAUAGGGGUAAAUUAGAAUUGCUCAAAUUCUGCCUUAUUUUAUUUGCCAGUUUUGGAAGAAUUCGCAAAUUAGCCAAUCAAAGCAAAAUAUAUAAGUGAGAACAGACAAGUGGCAAAAGCUUUGUAUGACAGCAAUUUCUAUAUGAAUUAUGAAUUGGAUAUAUUUGGACAUGCCCAAAUUUUUGAGAAUUUGAAUUUAGUUACCCAUGAAUCAGCAGUGGAGGUAAAAUAAUUGGCAUUUAGUUUUUAUUAUGGAUUAAAUGGACUCAGAAGAAAUUUCACAAAGGCCUAUCAAUUGUAUUUGAAAUUAUAUGAUCAAUUGAAUGAUAAAGAAUCUGGAAUCAGAGUAGCACAGAUGAAUAUUGAAAACUUGGGAGUAGAUAAACCAAAUUACUAAUUGGCGUUAGAGAUUUUGAAUAAAAUUUCAACUAAAAAUUAAGAAUAUUAGGGAAAAAUUUAUAAUGCUUUAGGAUACAUUUAUUUUAAGGGAUUGGGAGUACAUUAAGACAUAAUAAGGGCUUAGGAUUAUUUUAAAAAAUCAGCAGACUUGUAAAAUAAUGAUGGACAAUUCAAUUUGGGAUCCUUGUACAUGUUACCUUCAACUAUAUAAAGGGAACGCAAUCAACAAAAAGGAGUAUCUUUGAUUGAAAAGGCAGCUACAACUGGACAUGCAAUGGCUCAAUACAGUUUAGCUUUGAUAUUACUUGAUGGAGUUGAUCUAUUUUAUUCCUGCGAUUUGGCUGCCGCCUUACUACACGCUUCAUCAUCAAGGGGUCCAUGGGCAGAUGUACUAAAAACAGCAAAUUACCUAUUUUAAUAAGAAUAGUAUACCUAAUCACUUUCUAAAUAUUUUGAAGCAGGAUAUUCUGGAUUCCUUGUGGCCACAUGUAAAUAAUUAUAAAUAAAUUUAGAGAAUGCUGCUGUUGUGAUGGAAUAAUAUGAUGCAUUUUAUUACAAUACUCUACACUUUAGUGAUGUAUAAAAUAGACUUAGUUAAGAUCCGGUUUAUUAAAUUACUGGAAAUAAUAAUGAUGCUUUUAGUUAUUUAUAUUAGGACUAUUUGUAAUUUGUAAAUUAAUCGACUCUGCAUGAAUUAUUGGAAUUAGACAGUUUUGGAUUAAAUGGAGUUUUAUAAUAUCGUUUCCUUAAACAAUGUGCUAAUGAGAAGGAAGCAAUUUGUCAUAUGAAAUUGGGUGACUACUAUUAUAAUGGGAAGUAUGAAGAAGUAGAUUUCUAAAAAUCGUUUCAGCAUUACAAAAAGGCAUUGGAUGGUUAAUUGAUUGAUGCCAUGAAAGCUCAUGUGUACUUUAAUCUGGGAUUGAUGCGUGCUUUAGGAUAAGGAGUUGAAAUUAAUAGAACUAAAUCAAUAGAAAUAUUUGAAUUAUCUAUAAAUAGUUAUUCACUAAUUCCAAUAUUGCCAGUUAAUGCUCAAGUGCAAAUAAUUGAUUUUUUGGUUAAUGUAUAUAAGCAAAUAGAUAAAACUGGAAUUGAACUGUUUUUGGAUGUAAAUUAUUUAGAGUUAGCAAAAUAUUUAAUUGAUACAGUUGAAGAAUGCUUAAUAGGAAAUUCCUAGGCUAUAGUAAAUGUUUCUGUGGGAUUUAUAAUAGUGAUUCUGUUUGGAUGGCGUUUGAAACUAAUUAAUUAAUAUAAUUGA